AUGGCCCCCAAGAACUACACUGCCCAGAAGGGUUUCAUUAGCACCGUCUUCGAUGAGGCUCGCAAUCCCGAGAACGCUACCAUCGUCCGCAGUCUCGCCAUCUUCACUGUCGGUGUUGCUUUCCUCCACAGCAGCCUAGGCGAAAUCCUCCUCCCUCCUAUGUAA